CUUGUCGGCAACUGCUGACACUGAUGUACUUACGUCCUCUAACCUACCGUAAUACGUUGUAGGUACCUACCGGCAUUCGAGGCGAUUUUGGCGUGUUUUUUUUUUCAAUUUAAGUAGUGUUCAUAUUGUUUUCAAUACAUCGCAUAGCCGACCCGAAUACAGUCAAACUAUGAAAUGAACAUAACACACAUGCAGCACUAUAAUACCAUUUAUUUAAUAAAAGUCACAAAUCACCGCUGAACACAAAUACUGUCAAUACCUACCUACAUGUUUAUCAGUUUCAUGUGAAAAGAGUGAAAAUCAACAACUAUUUGUAAACAAUAAUACUAUUCGGUUUGCUUUUAUGUAAGUGCUAAACGAACUCGUAAAAAAAUAAAUAAACUUAUUAUUAUGAUUUGAACGAGAUCGAGAUAACGGCACUUUGAUCAAAUUAAAAUGUGAUUUUUUUCGAUUUAUUUUCUUAUCGUUGUUCACACACACUCCCGCAUAAUAAUUAUGUAUAAUAAAUUGUAUUAUACUCGUCAUCAUCACCGCCGCCGCCGAACGAUAAAGUUUAAUGUGAACGCGUUUUCGAUAAAAAAAAAUUGAUCGUUGUUAAGACCACCGGUGAUUACCGCGAGAUCGAGAACAUAUUAUUAUUAGUACAGGCUGUAGCAUCAACAACAACAAUAUCACUCGUCGAAAUAGUUCAGUCGAACCGCGGACACCCACUCGAGCGCUCUCGUAUACGUCCUUAUUGCACGCACCACCGCAAUAUUAUUAAUUUACACGACAACGCUAUGCCCGUGUGACGUGUAACGACAACGGCGGCGGCGAUAAAUCGAUCUUGGCCGGUCCAGUGCACCACCUACAACAAGUCUUGUAGUGCAAGCGGACGAUGUCGUUUAUACGCGGCCUAGCGGCCCACGUGUCCGUAGAACCGGUGGUGUUUUUCUACUUCGUCGCGAUGGUGUUCUCGGGGUGCCUGAGCACCAACCUGCUGCUGUACAAGGCGUGCGACCCGACGGGCGCGAUGGCCGCCCGGGUGGGCUCGAAGUGCCAGGACGAGGCGACCGCGCAGCACGUGGUGGCGCCGAUCAACGGCUGGAAGGCGCUCGUCCAGCACCUGGUGCCCAUCGCGCUGGCCAUGGCCGCGGGCACGUGGAGCGACCGGCACAACCGCCGCCGUCGGCCACUGAUCAUUCUGCCGAUCGCCGGUCAGAUAUUGGCGGACGGUCUGUCACUGUACUGUACCGUCGUGUGGUCGGUGUCGCCGGCAAUUACGGCCGCCGCACAGGCCGCCGCGCUGUCACUGACCGGUGGCCCACCGAUGCUGUUCAACGGCAUCAAUUCGUACGUGGGCGACACGACCACAGACGAGUGGCGGACGGUCAAGUACGGCGUGGUCGGUGGCACCAUAGCCGUGGGUGGUAUACUGGGAAUGCUCGUCUACGGGUUCGUGGUGGUCAACGUGGGCUUCGCCUUCGCAUAUGUGGUGUCCAUCAUCCUGGGCCUGACCGCACUCGCCCUCACGUUCAUAUUCAUCGACGACGGCGGCAGUGCCCUUCGCGGGGCGUCAAGCGUCGCCGACCAGCUUCCGUUGUACCAGGACGUCGCCCAGGCCGUCAACCCGUUGGAUGUGCUUCGCAACUGUUACCGCGUGCUGGCCAAGUCGCGUCCGGGCCACGGCAAGCUGCUCCUAUGCCUAGUCGUGUUCGUGUGCGCGCCACUCACGUGCGUGCCACUGGAGGGAGAAAUGUCAGUAUUAUAUCUAUAUUUGAGGUAUAAAUUUCAAUGGAAUGAAGUAGACUUUAGUAUUUUCAAUGCUUACCAGAUGUCCGUCGUAUUAAUAGGCACAUUGUUUGCACUAGGCAUUUUAAGCUACAAGUUUCGAAUGAACGAUGCGUUAAUUGGUACGAUUGCUUCAGUAUUUGAUCUUUUAGCUGCGGUAGCUUUCUUUUUAGUUGCCGAAUCAUGGCAACUAUUUUUAGUGCCACCGUUAGAACUCUUUCGGGGUGCAGCUUUGGCGUUAACUAGUUCUAUAGCUUCAAAAUGCGUUGGAUCUGACGAAUUGGGUGCUAUGAAUUCAGUAAAAUUAUUAAUGGAAAGUACAAUGAAAAGUGGAUUUCUACCAUUAUACAAUUUUAUUUACAACCAUACAUUUGAAUCGAUGCCCAGCGCAUUUUUUAUAGUCAGUAUUGUCCUAACAACUCCACUCAUAUUCGUUUUUUAUUUGAUAUAUUACUUAAACGGAAACCAAAAAUCGUACACCGUUGACGGCGACCAUAGUGAAAAUAAAAAACAAAAUACCGAAAUCGCACCAAUCAACGACCGAAACGUAAUAAGUUACCAUAUUUAGUGGGAUGUUACUUAUAACAAUAACAAAACGUUUGUAAGACUUAUUAUGUAUAAUAUUAUAAUAAUAAUAAAGUUAUUCAGUUUCUUAAUUUAACUUAUGUUCUCUUAAGAAAAUUAUCAUUUAUAUUGUUCAUGUAUACACUAUGUAAAUAUUAUCAUAUUAUAUUAUGUUAGAAUAUUAUCAAAAAUCAAAUAUUUAAAUAAUUGUAUUAGAAAUAAUUUAUAAAAUAUUUAAUUUAUAUCAAUAUCUAUUAGGUAUUUAGGUAUAGGUACCUAGUUUAUAAAUUAAAAACCAUCAGUCGGACAACCGUUCAAAUAUCUAUAUUUGUACUUCCAUGGUACAAUAUUUCAGGACUUUUUGGUUUUAUGAUAACUGAUAAAUGAUAAGUAAUAAAAAAAAAAUUUUAUCUAGAUAAAAAUUGUUAAUUUAUAUCAUACUACGAUCUACGAUUGUAU